CGUCCGUCGUGGCAACAGUUGGCAGAAGAGGCUGGCGAGCUCGCAACGCGCCGUCGCGCGGUCUGGCGCAGCGCAAUUAACGCAGCGAUGCGUCGGGGUGGCUGAUGUCGUUGAGUGCGAGAUGAGGUCACCAACCGUCCCGGGAUUUAUCGGCCGAGUGCGCGUUUGUUUUUUUUGUGUAAAAUCAACGGUUGCGCAGUUGCUCACUGAAUAGAGCCCCGGUUAAAGCAGGCAUUGCUUCAAUGCCUCGACUGACACGCACACAAGACACUGAAUACGCGAAACAGGACGCAUCGCAUGCUGCCCAGGAUAGUCUGCUGCCUUAUAGACAAAUGAGCAAGUCCAUCUGAGGAAUACAAUGCAGUUUGGAUGGACGCUAUAUUGUCACAACCAUCAUCAGCCUCUGCCAAUCCACUGCUGGAUGAAGGUCUUCCCACGGCGUCGUCAAUCCCUCAUGGGUGCAGCCGCACGCGAACCGAUCGCGUCGCUCCAACUCCGCAGCGAUUGCGCUCCAAGAGACUCGUCCACACAUUGCGUCUAGAUGCCAAGCGCUGUCAGGGAGUCAUGAGCGCUCAUUACUCUGCAGUCGAGAAGGGAAUCGCGGAUGAACAAUUACGCGUCUUUGCCCCCGGCGACUCUGCUGCUGCAGCUGCUGCUACAGCUGACGAUGACACUGCUGCCGCUGAUGAUGGUGAUCAACAGCACGUGCCCAGUGGCCACGUGCUGUCUCGUCUCGGCGUGGCCACGGGUGGAGUGGAGGAGUCGUGCCACCGCUGCCUCCUGCCUCUCGCGCUCGUCCUGCUGCUGGUCGGAGCGGUGGUCACCGCCCUGGCGUGCCACGCGGACGGGCCGUCCUCCGUGAUGGGUCUGUUCGGCGUGGCCCUCAUGAUCCUCGCGGUGUUCAUGCUGGCGACGGGAGCAAUCAGCUGGUGCUGGCGACGUGGACGCGGCAGAGCUGCUCCGCCAGAGGGGCGACUGGGCCCUGCGCGCUGCUGAUGGGUGAUCCUGAUGGCUGGACAGUCAGUGGUGGUGCCAAGACCACAUUCAUUGGGGGAGUCCGAAGCAGACCGUUACCUUUGUGGUCCACCCUCCUGUUUAACGAAUACAUCCCUCGUGAAGCGACAAGAGAUACAGACACGGGAUCGUCGGUGUAAUGAGAUCAGAGAAAUGUUGACAAAUAUGCAGAUGCAGCGAGAUGAGAAUUGCAACGCAGACGAGAUAUGAAUCGGCCUUUUUCAUCAAUUAUAUUGAUAUGUUUAUCGAUGACUUUAUUUUUAAUUCUAGCUGAUAUUUGAUGCUUCAGCCCCGCGUCGACCGCUCGCCUCAUCUCUGACUCUCGUGCGAGGUGAAUGCGGGAGGUGAGGGGCACGAGGUGGCCAAGCGAUUGGGGAUAUUUACGCGUGGUCGGAGGUAGACCGAUAAGAGAGGUGAGUAGGUUUGGGCAGGACACGUCACUAGAACGGAUGUUGAUGAUGAUGAUGAUAAUCGAUUAUCGAUAAUUAUUACAAUGGCACUUAUCAGCGUGGGGAAGUAUGGCCAAAUAACCACCAUGAUCUGUAAGGCGUGAAGAGGCACUCGAACAUUCGGGGAUGGACAAGAUAAUGAUGGUUAAUGAGGUUGUGCCAUGGGGCGUGUGUUUAAUUGCUCUGUGUACGUGCAGUAUGUCAAUGCGAUGUGUUAAUACAAUGCUCGGUGGGUUACUGAGGUAGUGAACCGUGGAAUGUGCAGUCCCUCGUUUCUUAAUGGUCUCAUGCAACGUGUGCAUGAUUAUGAAUAUGUUAACAUGGCAGAGGUGCAGCCCUGCAAUUUCACGCUCACGCCGCUGCUGGUGAAAGUACAUCAGCGAUGCAUCACGUACACAAUUGAACUUGAAGAACAUUUACUUCAGUCGGAUGGUAAGCGGCUUUCAUUCUCUAUCUUGAAGAGUUGUGUCCGAAACUUGUAAUACAGAGGCUUAAAGUGAAUUGCAGGGGUUCAUGUUUCCCUGCAAACAUUACAAUAAAUGUGUUGUUAAAGACGGUACAACGUCGUAUAUCCAACUGCCUGAGGACUUAUGUAUAGGCGGAUAUAUUAACAAGGUCGGAUGUGUGAACAUCUGUAGAAAAUGACAUUCACUCCAUGUGUACAUUGUGAACUGUGUUUUUGGUUGAUUUAUAAGUGAUGACGUGAAAAGAUGUAUGUAUACCGAAGUGCAUUCCAAUUUUAAAGACGAGUUUAAUAUCCUCGGCGAAGAAAGACAAUACAUUGGUACUGUAUUUUGUAAAUAAUCAAGUGGUUUCAAUUAUGUGCAGAAGAUUUCAGGUCGUGUAUCCCUAUAGCUCAGAAGAUAUUUUUGGGGACUUUAUUGAGAUCCGGAAUGAUAAAGCUUUUUGUAUGUUAUCACUGAAAACAUAAAAGGCGUUCAGAGUGAAGCUGUCAUUUGUUUUGUUGUGAAAUAUCCACAGUCCGCUGUGCAUACUCUAAUUCCUGAGGUCACUUAUUUGUGCCUGCAUGGUUAUUGUGGUAAACAAUGACAAUACACUGAGUACAUUGGUAAUGGGGAAACAAUUGAGUAC